CCUCCGGGUGUCGUUCAACAUGGCUGUGCCCGCUGGAAGGUCUGUGGUCUUCGUGACUGGAAACGCGAAGAAACUCGAAGAAGUCGUUCAGAUCCUGGGAGACAGGUUUCCCUACAAAUUGGUGUCAAAAAAGAUUGACUUGCCUGAGUACCAGGGAGAGCCAGAUGAGAUUUCUAUACAGAAGUGUAAGGAGGCUGCACAGCAGAUUGAUGGGCCAGUCAUCGUAGAAGACACUUGUCUUUGUUUCAGGGCUUUGGGAGGGCUACCUGGUCCUUAUAUCAAAUGGUUUCUGGAUAAACUUAAGCCUGAAGGUUUGCACAAACUUCUAGCUGGGUUUGAAGAUAAGUCAGCGUGGGCUCUCUGCACGUUUGCUUUCUCUGCUGGGAAAGAUGAACCCGUACAGCUCUUCAGAGGGAAAACGGAGGGGCAAAUUGUGGAACCAAGGGGACCUCGAGACUUUGGAUGGGAUCCUUGUUUCCAGCCAGACGGAUUUGACAAAACCUAUGCUGAACUGCCCAAAGAAGUGAAGAACACAAUCUCUCAUCGUUACCGAGCGCUCGCUGCCAUGUCUGAGCAUUUCUCUCAAAUGAACAACGUUUCACCACAGAACAAGAAGAAGAAGCAGGAAGAUUAAAGACUGAGUCUGCUGCAAAAUGCAUUACACCUCAAAUCAUUAGCUACUCAAUAUUACACGGUUUGAUUGCUGAAGCAGAAAACAUUUUUUAUCAUCACAGUCUGUACUUAAAGAAUCUGCAGUUGGAAAGGUGCCGUAUAAUAUCUGUGUUUCUUUAUUUUUUAAUAAACGUUUAGUUGAUUUUUAAAGAAAA